AUGGCCAUCUACAACGAUAUUGGUUUCUACCUCUGCAAUAUUAUAGCUGUACCCGCUCAAGGGUUUUGGGUGGCUUGUUUGAUCACUGCAAUUGGUGCCUUCGCCAUAUAUUCCGCCUUGUUCAGUGCAACAACGUUUCUUUUUAAUUAUGCUGAAGAAAAGGAGCGGAAGAGACUAAUGACGGCACGUGAACCCUUGGAGGCAUACCUUCCGGAAAUGGCAACACAAGCUUCUGCAACUUCUGUAACUAAAACUCCUAUAAGUCAGGCCGGUCUUACUCUGCAGCCAAGCAGCGGUAAAAUAGAAUGGAUAUCUGUGGAUGAUGCAGUACAACAGGUAUUUGGAAUACCACCAAACGUUAAACAUAUGCCCAUUCUGGUGAAAAAUGGUGACAAGCACGGCCCGUUCGCGGAAGAUGAGAGAAAACCAAGAACUCGACCAUCCAUAAAGAGGCUGGUAUGGUCUCCAAGUGGGACAUCAUUGUCACAGGGUUCUUGGCAGCCCUACCAUAAUGGGAAGAUCAAACAAUUUACGCUAGUACGCGACAAACAAAAAUCGCGCAGAACACUUGAAAACCCGAAAGAGGUGAGUUUGCAUGUGAAAAAGGUAGCAAAUUAGAC